AUGCUCAGCAGAGAAGGGUCCUACGGGUUCCCAUCGGCGGGCCCUUCGGCACUUAAAUACAGUCACGGUCACUCAGACUCUGGCAGUGUCGGUUUCCAAGGUGGAAGCGUGGACUCAUUAGCGCGUGCUCGUCCGAGUGUGUACAGCGGCACAGCUGGGCCUCCGCCGGGCGACCACGAAGAAGAAGAAGACGACGAUUACUUUGACUCCGAGAGCGAUGACCCAGAUCCAGACAGAUUCGUCAACUUCAGCUUGCUGUCGCACUUGGCCGUCCGCUUGCGCGACAAGGUGCCUCGGGGCACUCAUGUGAAAAGUAGCAUUCCUUACCCUCGUGCAUUCACCGGCAAGGACAUCGUCUCUACCAUUCAAAACCAAAUCCAGCGUGAACUGCUGAUCAAUCAUGGUGUUUCGACCACCGAUCGCCGUGCUGCUCUCCAGGUCGCUCGGAGUCUACAGCAGCAAUUAUUUUUCUACGAAGUUGAGUGGGGUCAGAAGCUGCUGCAAGAUGGUGUGGAGGACGUGUAUAUGUUCUUGGAUGACCUAGAGGGCAAUUCUGAGGCUCACCGAGAGAGGGAAGAGCUGCCAACAGCCGUCAUCACUUCACUCACUCGGUGCUAUGCGUCGAGUUGUAGUGAGGACGACCCGUGUUAUUCGUUUGCUUGUCCACGUCGACAAACCGAAGAUUGGUUGAGUACGGUUGAUCCCGGCAUCCUUCUCACACUUCCAGAAAGUGAAGUUCAUCGUCAAACCAUCAUCUAUAAAACUAUCACUCAGGAAGAGCAAUACGUGCAAGACCUGGACACCGUGGAGGCGCUGUUCAUUCGGCCACUGCUGAAAGCAAGUCCUCCUGUCAUGCCGGCUCACAAGCUAGACGAGUUUGUUGAAGAGGUUUUCGGAAACAUCCUGGAUCUUCGGGAAUGCAACAGGAGACUAGUGGAAGCUAUGUAUGUUCGGCAACGUGAACAAGCACCGAUCAUCCAAAGGAUAGGAGAUGUGUUCUUGGAUGCCGCAAGAGAGUUCCGCUUUGCAUAUCCGACAUACGUCGGACAUCUGCCCCUUGCUGAAAAGCGCUUCAAAGACGAGAUCGAGUCCAACGCGGACCUUCGAUUGUUUCUCGAGGAGUGCUCGCGACAAUCCAAGCAACAGGAAGCUCGUCGACUGGAUUUGAAACAUUUCUUAUCGCGACCUUCUGAACAUCUACAGAAGUAUCCCAUCGCGCUGGAGGCGAUCAUGAAGGAGACAACUGAAGGCAACCCAGACGCGUACUACCUUGCAGAGGCCAUUGAAGCCAUCAGGAAUCUUCAGAAUGUUGCACAGCUCCGGACGUUCCAGACUGCAAUGGGCAAAGGUCCGACUGGGAAAUGGGAAUGGCACGACAUCGUAGCCAAGGAUGUUCGGGAGAGCCUCAGCAAGGCUGAGGCCAAGCGCCAGUCCAUUAUAUUCGAACUGAUCAAAGGCGAGAUGGCGUACGUCAGGGACCUAGAAAACAUCGGUUUGAUUUAUGUCCAGGCCCUGCGAGAAGGCGAUCCUCCAGUCAUUCCUCGUGAGAGGUUGAACGGUUUUAUCACCGACGUCUUCCACAACUUUGCUGAGCUCCACUCGCAUCAUCGGAAGCUUCUGGACCAACUACAUGAUAUACAGCGCGAUGAGCAUCCAAGGAUCAAGAGUAUUACAGCACCUAUGUUUGACGCUGCUUUGAACUUCAGGGAUGCAUACAUGGAGUACAUCCCCAAUUACCCUAUCGCUGCUUAUCGCAUCGAUGACGAGAUGGCUAACAACAUUGAUUUCAAGACGUUUGUUGAUCAAUGUAUACGGCAUCCGGAUGCCCACCGCCUAGACAUGAAGAAUUUUAUCAACCGUCCCAUCCCUCGAUUAUUGCGAUACGAACUGCUCUUGAAGGGUAUAAUGGAUGAAACACCUGCUAAUCACGAGGAUCGUGAAGCGAUCCCUCAGGUCUUGGAGAUCAUAAAGUCUUUGGGCAAGGAAACCGAGCCAGGAGUUCAGUCAGCAAAACAGAAAGUUCAGCUCUGGUGCUAUAACUCGAAUUUGCAGUUCAAGCCCAACGAGUCCGUUGACAUGGAUCUUUUGAAUGAAAACCGCUCUCUUAUUCAUGCUGGCAAGUUGCUGCGACAACCCGACACCGGUUUUGAAUGGAACGGGUGGACUGAGCUUUUCGUUUUGCUGUUCGAUAAUUAUUUGGUCAUGACCAAGACAAAAGAAAAAGAUGGUGUGACAAAAUAUAAUGUUAACCGGAGACCCAUACCGCUAGACCUCCUUACUCUGGCCAACUUCACUGAUCCCCCGACACAGCGCAGCACAAGUAUUCUGCGUCUCGGCCUUGGUGGAGGGAACAGGCAUGUAGAAGGCGGACCUUCUCCAGGUAGCGGUGCUCCCGACACCGCUACCGAUUCACGUCUUGUAUAUCCUUGUACCAUUCACUAUAACGGCAGGCUUGGAGGUUUGCAUACCGUAUAUACGGAAUCUCAGCAAGCGCGAGCGGAGUGGAAGCAAAAGCUGGACGAGGCCAUCGGCUUGCGCAAGGUUGUUCAAGAGUCAAACAAAGUCUUCGAGCUGGAGCCGCUCAGUACAGACACCUUCCUUGUCCCGUCCAUAUCUUCAGCUGCUGUACCAUCUUGGAACCACGAGAAUUCCCUCACAGGCAAGGUUACUUGCUCUGUUCCUUUUACUACCGCUGAUGGACGAGCACUGGUGGCGAUUGGUUGUGCCGAGGGGGUUUGGAUAGGCUUUAGACAUGAUUCAAGAUCUAUGCGCCGUGUAUUACAUCUCAAGAUGGUGACACAGUGUGCAAUGCUCGAGGAUUUUGGAAUGUUCCUCGUACUUGCAGACAAGGCACUCUUUGCAUACCACAUCGAGGCUCUUGUUCCAUCAUCCCCACAGAGUGCCCAUACGUCUCAGACACCACAGAGGGUUAAUGGGACCAGGGACGUUCACUUCUUUAGCGUCGGCAACCAAGGCGGACGAACACUAGUCAUAUACAUGAAGAAGAAAGGGCUCGACAGCGUCUUCCGUGUUUUGGAACCGGUGGUGGAAAAAAUUAAUGAAAGGAGCAAGGCACCUGCAUCGUUCACCUCUCGCUUCGGUAUACGACCUGCGCGUUCAGAGUGGUUCCGACUGUAUAGGGAGUUCUUCCUGCCCUCGGAAUCUUUCGACCUGGUCUUCCUCAAAGCAAAGAUCGCGAUUCUAUGCACCAAAGGCUUUGAAAUCAUGGAUCUAACUGAUUUCAAGAGUGUCACUAUUCCACUGCGUGACGAUGGCUAUGAAAGACUUGCGAAACGCGGUGAAUCUUGCCGGCCAAUGGGGAUGUUCCGUGUGGAAAAUGAAUUCCUUUUGUGCUAUGAUGAGUUCGGAAUCUACGUCAACAAGCACGGCGCACCUAGUCGCAACACGGGCACCAUUGAAUGGGAGGGCACGGCUGAGCGCGUGGCAAUCCACUGGCCUUACAUACUUCUCUUCGACUCCCGCUUCAUCGAAGUCAGGCACGUAUCGACAGGUCUGCUCGCGCAGAUAAUUCCCGGAAAUGAGAUACGCUGUAUUUGGGACGGUCGUGGUACUUGUGCCCCUCCGUCGGCUGGAUCGGAAAACUUCCAACCGAUGAGCCUUGACCCCCGGAUUCACUGUGUCAUGGCUGCACCGGAGCCCGUUCAACAUGGCACGGUUGGGCGCCCUCGCUCAGUGGCUCAGCACGUAUUUGAGCUGACACCUACGAUGCCGCUCUAUCCACCCGGUGCACCUGGGUCACCCAACAACUCAACGUACUUUCACCAGCAAACCGUUUCUCCCCCGCAGUCCCCCAACCUUCUCCCGAUGACAUCCUGGAGAUGA